GGGGGCGAAGAGGAGGCCAGUCUUUCGGUCACACGCUCCAUUUAUUAGUCCUGCAAGGCGUACAAACACCAUUUGCCCGAAAGGCUGCAAAUGGUAAUAAAACAUUGAGGCAAAGGACUUUAUGCCUUUUCUCGGGCGAGCGCGACGGCGCGUAGAACUCUCUGGGACUUGGAGACCGGUCCGGGGUCGCACAGCUGCGGCCGCGACGACGCCAAAGCGUGCCCCCACGGACCAGUUACCACCUGUUGCUACCUCGAGGGUGUCGAGGUGGUAACUGGCUCACACGAGUUUGAAUGGAAAGCAGCCCUGGGACGCUGGGCCCCGCGGGGCCGGACCUCCACCGCCAACAUCCGGUCUCCGGUGAGCGAGCGCAGCUGCGAUGUUCUCGUGGAUAAGUGGCAGCGUGCAUAGGACAAACAUGAUACUAUAUUCAAGAAUUCAAAUUGGUACUAUUUAAAAAAGGCUUCCCAUUUCUUCCCGCAGCGCCUGGGAUUUCAAAAUCUGCCCCGGGCGGAGGGGAGGGGCAGGAGGGGACGGCGUCGCCAUAUCUGAAAUAGGCAGCGGCAGCACGAGCAUUCAUUCUACUGCGGAGAAUGUCGAGGGAGGGAGGUCCAAAUAGUGCACGAGAUUCUUCUCUUGCUCAGCAGGUUUUGGCACUCUCUUCUUCCGUGAUUUCGAAAAAUUCCGUCUCGCCGACUGAUAUUGUGCAGACACAACAUUAUAUUCGACACAUUUCUUUGACAAAUUCGACAUGAAGAAGGAUUGUAUGCGAGCGAAGAACUUGGAGAUGCUAAUCGUAAGUGCGGCUCCAGUUCCGGGUAGUGACACCACUUGGAGGUUGGAGGAUAAGUCUUGUCUACUUUCUCGGCAUUUAUAAACUCUCCGACUGGAAAGAUCCGCUCCUCGGGCACUGUUUGAGUGUCAGAGUCUGUCCAGGGAGACAUACAGCACCCAAACGAGCAAGACAGCGAGAGGUAUCUGGGAACAAACUACAGUGCACGUCUGGGAUACUUGCGAAUCCGGGAGAGUCCGAACUCGAACUUCCUCCAUGUGGUUGCAGCACGAAGAUGGGGACGUCGUGGUAAAGGACAAUGCUCAUUUUCUUACCGUCAAUCGAAGAAGAUGAGGAGGAGAAGGUGGGAACGUAGUAAAUUAGCCACAUCGACUCUCCUUGUUGCUCCGUAACUGCUGUUCUUCCAAGACCAGCACACGGCGAGCGCCCCGACAACAGCUUUAAUCUCCGGUCAAUAGCUUCUAACUCGUCAACACUCCGGAUCCUGAUAUCCAAGUUUGAAAAAUAGCUCCGGCUUGUCAUCGCAUCGACAAAUCAUGUCCGGAGCCUGCAAACCUGUUUUCAACUUCAGUUCUUAGAAAUCGAGAUAGCAGUCGAUCGCGUAUUCUGCCAGCAAUCUGGCUUACUUGACAUGACACAAUCAAAGAACCGAAUUUCUCCCUUCCUUCUCAUCUCUUCUCGUCUAACCCAAAUCCGUCGCUGCCUCUUCCCAUCAACCACCGCGUGCAUCUUACACCGACGGCCGGGCUUUCCGUUCAGUGGACAUACAACUGUCCACUGACUAGACAGAGAACGUGCAAGACUACCUCAAAUUGGUCCCAAAAUUCCAUCCCGGCCCCUGGCAGCACUGCUCAUCCUGUUUGAUCGACGCAGUCCAUUCCUCAAAUCGAUUCAUGAUUGACGGCUGGAGUUUGAUGUCCGGAAGUGUACAACGAUGGAGGACGUCGAAACUCGAAACCUCAAGACCCUCUUCGUCCCAUUUCCCCGCUGCCGGAUCGCUCAGCCUCGGCCCCGACCACGAGCACCGAAGCUCCACCAGCUCCUCCUACCGCAACUAUGGCGCCGGUCCAUUCAGACCUCGUUCCAUCCAUCCGUCCAUGCCAGUCCAGACUCCACACUCCACAGUGCCCGCUUUCCCUUCGGUCUUCCCGUCUUACCCUAUAUAGUACUUUCUGUAGACUCUGAACCCGCUCGCGGUGCAUGGCGAAGCCGAGUCGGUGCAGGACGGACCUAGGCUACGUGGUUGGUGGCUGGGAUUGAAUGGUGUGGUUCGGAUAAAUUAUUUGAAGGAACGGACGAGAUUCGCCUCUGAAACUGGGACAGGCCUUCGACGUUUGGGAGGACCACACAGCGGACCCACGGCCUACCAGACCUGGUAACUCUCUUUGUGUUGUGCUUCGUCUUUGUUUCCAACUCCAGCAUUUUACCGAGAGCGAUGAAGUUCACGGGAUAUUUAAUUCGGACGAUGGUUAUCACCCCCAGGGAAGAAACAUGUGGCGUCUAUUACUUACUAAAAUAGCAUCGCGAUAAAUACAACUAUCCCCUCUCGGAUCUCUGUUUGGUGGAAAGAUAGCUUCCAAAUGCUUUUAAAAUAUAAAUAAUAACAUUUUAUAUUCAGCACUAACUGUAGCAAUCGUUCAUUCGUUGAUGUUCAUUAUGUAUCACAUCCAAAAUUCGAAAACUGAUUUUUGAUUUUCAAG